AUGAAUGUUAUAUUUAGUAUUUGUUUAAUACAUUUGGCUGCUGAAUUUAUAUCAGCUGAAUUGUACUGUUAUUCUUGUACAAGUGCUCAAUCAGGUUGUGGUGAUCCAAUUGAUGUAAGAUUAAUUCAUUGGAAGAAAUGUUCUGGUCGAGCAUUGAUUGAAAAUUAUUGUGUAAAAUUAAUCGAAAAAGUUCAAGAUCAAACUACUGUAACUCGUGGUUGUUUAAGUGAUUUAAUAAUGAAUACACAAUAUCGUUUAGAUAUGCCACAACUUCGUCGUCAUGGUUACUGUGUUAAUUCUCGUGAUUAUCAACAUUAUUUAUUAAAAGUUUUAAAAGGGAAAACUUUAGUUGAAACUGCUAUGGGAUUAUUUAGUGAUGAGAAUAUGGAUUUUAAACGUUUUUGUUAUUGUAAUGACUUUAAUGGUUGUAAUCAUGUAAAUAAUUUAAAAGUUUCAACAAUUUUAAUUUCUUUUAUUAUAAUAUUGACACUUAUAUGGAUUCAUUGA